AUGCAGUUCACCUCCCUUCAUGACCCUCACACAACUCAACAUACUCCACCAUCGGACUCAACAUCACACCGCACACGAACAUUCACCAUCAGUCUGCAGUUCACCUCUCUUCAUCAGCCUGACGCAACUCAACCUACUCCACCAUCUCACUCAACAUCACAUCAAACACGAACAUUCACCAUGACACUGCAGUUCACCUCUCUUCAUCACCCUCACACAGCUCAACACACUCCACCAUCUUACUCAAGAUCAAAUCAAACACGAAUAUUCACCAGCAGUAUGCAGUUCACCUCCCUUCAUCACCUUCACAGAACUGAACACACUCCACCAUCGCACUCAACAUCAGAUCAAACACGAACGUUCACCAUCAGUCUGCCGUUCACCUCUCUUCAUCACCCUCUCACAGCUCAGCACACUCCACCAUCGCACGAAACAUCACAUACAGCACGAACAUUACUCACAAAACUGCACUUCAACUUUUUUCAUCAGUCUGCCACAACUCAACACACUCCACCAUCUCACUCAACGUCACACCGCACCCGAACAUUCACCAUUAGCCUUCAGUUCACCUCUCUUCAUCAACCGGCCACAACUCAACAUACUCCACCAUCUCACUCAACAUCACAUACAACACGAACAUUCACCAGCAGUAUGCAGUUCACCUCCUUUCAUGACCCUCACACAACUCCACACACUCCACCAUCGCACGAAACGUCACAAACGUCACAUACAACACGAACAUUCACCAGCACUCUGCAGUUCACCUCCCUUCAUGACACUCACACAACUCAACAUGCUCAACCAUCGGACUCAACAUCACACCGCACACGAACGUUCACCAUCAGUCUGCAGUUCACCUCUCUUCAUCAGCCUGACACAACUCAACAUACUCCACCAUCCCGCUCAACAUCACGUCAAACACGAACGUCCUCCAAGACACUGCAGUUCACCUCCUUUCAUCACCCUGACGCAACUCCACACACUCGACCGUCGCAUGAAACAUCACAUCAAACACGAACAUUCACCAGCACGCUGCAGUUCACCUCCCUUCAUCGCUCUGACACUACUUAUCACACUCCACCAUCGCACUCAACAUCGCAUCAAACACGAAGAUUGACCAGCACUCUGCAGUUCAACUCUCUUGAUCACCCUGGCACAACUCAACACAUUCCACCGUCGCACGAAACGUCACAUACAACACGAACAUUAAUCACCAAACUGCAGUUCAACUCUCUUCAUCAGCCUGACACAACUGAACAUACUCCACCAUCUCACUCAACAUCACAUCAAACACGAACAUUCACCAGCACUCUGCACCUGACGCAACUGAACAUACUCCACCAUCUCACUCAACGUCACAUCAAACACGAACAUUCACCAGCACUCUGCAGUUCACCUCCCUUUAUCACGCUCGCACAACUGAACACAUUCCACCGUCGCACUCACCAUCGCAUACCACCCGAACAUUCACCAUUAGUCUGCAGUUCACCUCCCUUCAUGACCCUCACAGAACUCAACACACUCCACCAUUGCACUCAACAUCGCAUCAAACACGAAGAUUCACCAGCACUCUGCAGUUCACCUCUCUUCAUCACCCUGACACAACUUAACACAUUCCACCGUCGCAAGAAACGUCACAUACAACACGAACAUUCACCAGCAGUAUGCAGUUCACCUCCCUUCAUGACCCUCACAGAACUCAACACACUCCACCAUUGCACUCAACAUCGCAUCAAACACGAAGAUUCACCAGCACUCUGGAGUUCACCUCUCUUCAUCACCCUGACACAACUUAACACAUUCGACCGUCGCAAGAAACGUCACAUACAACACGAACAUUCACCAGCACUCUGCAGUUCACCUCUCUUGAUCAGCCUGACACAACUCAAUACACUCCACCAUCGGACUCAAGAUCACAUCGAACACGAACAUUCACCAGCACUCUGCAGUUCACCUGCCUUCAUGACCCUGACACAACUCCACACACUCCACCAUCGCACGAAACAUCACAUACCAAACGAACACUGCUCACGAAACUGCAGUUCACCUCUCUUGAUCAGGCUCACACAACUCAAGACAUUGCACCAUCCCACCCAACAUCAAAUGAGAGACGAACAGUCACCAGCACUCUACAGUUCACCUCUCUUCAUCACCCUGACACAACUUAACAUACUCCACCAUCUCACUCAACAUCGCAUACCACACGCACAUUCACCAGCACUCUGCAGUUCACCUCCCUUCAUGACCCUCACACAACUCAACAUACUCCACCGUCGGACUCAACAUCACACCGCACACGAACAUUCACCAUCAGUCUGCAGUUCACCUCUCUUCAUCAGCCUGACACAACUCAACAUGCUCCACCAUCUCACUCAACAUCACAUCAAACACGAACAUUCACCAUGA